UCAAGUUAGACUUCAAAAUAGAAGUAGAAUUGCACAAUAAUAUAAAAUAUUUUGUAAUAAAUCAGUCUUCAAUAACUUUGUUCUUCAUAUACUGAAUGAAUAUUGAAGAGGUCAAAUAAAAUGCGACAAUUGCGCAGUUCUAAUUCCGUGUGUUCCAUCGUCUGAAGUUUUUGUCUGUCGACACGACGCAAGGGUACGACGAAUUGGUCCGGUCCGUGUUAUCCGUGGCCGUGGUGAACCAUGGCUACUGGUGUGUUGAGAACGAUUUUACGCAAAUCCACCGGAUUUUCGAAUGACGGGAAGAUUUUAUUGCAGAAUGGAGCUCCUAUACAUUUUGCAAACCAAAAACGAACAGCGACCAGAUGGUAUCCAGACCUGGAAUACCUCAAGACGUUACAAGGUCCUGUUCUCUAUCCCGCAGACGGUGUGAGAUGGACCGUUCCACCGAUACACUAUCCUCAAGAAGUUGAGAAGAAUGUAAAGAACAUAAAGAUCAAUUUUGGACCGCAACAUCCAGCGGCUCAUGGUGUAUUGCGUUUGGUAUUGGAAUUAGAAGGAGAAAUUGUACUGUCUGCAGACCCUCAUAUUGGUCUCUUGCAUCGAGGGACUGAGAAGCUCAUUGAAUACAAAACCUAUAUGCAAGCUCUCCCAUACUUUGAUCGUCUUGAUUACGUAUCCAUGAUGUGCAACGAGCAGUGUUUUUCAUUGGCUAUCGAGAAGCUUCUCAACAUUCAAGUACCACUUCGAGCGAAAUACAUUCGUACUCUUUUUGGUGAAAUAACUCGAAUCCUGAAUCACAUAAUGGGAAUUGGAACGCACGCACUGGACGUUGGUGCGAUGACCCCUUUUUUCUGGCUAUUUGAGGAGCGUGAAAAACUUAUGGAGUUUUACGAACGCGUUAGCGGUGCUCGGAUGCACGCGGCGUAUAUUCGUCCAGGUGGUGUGGCCCUCGACCUCCCCCUCGGAUUGAUGGAUGAUAUACACGAAUGGGCAUCGAAAUAUUCCGAGCGACUUGACGAGGUUGAGGACAUUCUUACGGAGAACCGAAUCUGGAAACAUCGUACAGUUAACAUUGGAACAAUCUCAUCCGAAGAUGCUUUAAAUUGGGGCUUCAGUGGAGUGAUGCUCCGUGGUUCAGGCAUCAAAUGGGAUAUAAGAAAAACUGCACCUUACGAUGCCUAUGAUCUCGUUGAUUUCGAUGUACCUAUCGGAAUAAACGGAGAUUGUUAUGAUCGGUAUCUAUGCCGCAUGGAAGAAAUGCGUCAAUCGCUGCGUAUCAUAAAUCAGUGCCUGGAUAAAAUGCCACCUGGAGAAAUAAAGACUGACGAUGCAAAAGUCACACCACCCAGUCGACACGAGAUGAAAACGAGCAUGGAAGCAUUGAUCCAUCACUUCAAGCUUUUCAGUCAGGGUUUCCAAGUGCCACCUGGUUCAACGUACACCGCGAUCGAAGCUCCGAAAGGUGAAUUUGGAGUAUAUCUUGUAAGCGAUGGAAGCAGCAAACCUUAUCGAUGCAAAAUCAAGGCACCUGGUUUUCCUCAUCUUUCUGCGUUGCAACAAAUGGGUCCUGGACACUUCCUUGCUGACGUAGUCGCAAUUAUCGGUACACUCGACGUCGUAUUUGGCGAGAUCGACCGAUAAAAAGAAAGCUCCUCGUGUAUCUAGUGUCGAUUGUUAAUGUAUAUUUAGCUUCGAAAAUCUUGUAUAUUAUAAUAUAGCGAUAGGAUUCAAUGUAAUACGAUAACUUUGUGGGAACAAAGGAAAUCCUACCGUAAUA